CACUUGACGCGUUUGCGUCCGUCAUGGGACCUGAGCAUCCGGGACGCCUAAGAUUGUACGGACGUGGGGUCACCAAGACUUCCUUAAAAAGAAAAGUGGGAGUGGAACCUCUUCAAGUUCUACCGAUGAGAUGCUGCAACAAAAAAUGGUGGAAAUGGAAGAAAGGAUGCAACAAAGAAUGCAGGAAAAGUUCAAUGCACAAAAAGAUGCCAUGGAACUACAAGUUGCAGUUAACAUCAUUUCACAACUUAAGCGUCUGAAUCCAGACUUAAAGGUUGAUCCCAGCAUGCUAGCUUUCAAUGCUCGUUCACCUGUAGAUGCUUCCUCUGCACAACAAGCUGCUGUGCAACUAAUCAAUCGUCUAUCGACUGGGAGUAAUAAUCGAGGUGGAGCAACUGAAGAAAGGAAAGAUGGAGAAGGUGGAGCAACUCAAGAAAGGGAAGAUGGAGAUAGUGAAGAUCUAGACCUUAAGAAGAACUUUGAGUUGUUGUCGAUAUACUUGGAGUCUUUUGUUAUAGCAUUUGAAACUUUAACUUUUGAAGUGUUGAACUGUAAAACUUAUGUAAUUGGGUUAAAACAUUUUGCUAUUAUCGUUAUUCUUAGCUUAUUGGAUAUGAAAGAUUAUGAAGUGUUUUAUCUUUUUAUUUAUAUAAUUUCCAGGUAG